UCGAUAGGCUGAAUACGGCGAAUCAAAUGGACGAGCAGUGCGUGUGGGAUGACGUCAACACGGCACCUGUGACAGUACGCCUGCGCGGGGUUAACCAGGAAGAGCAAUGCUUUAGAUAUGGCACUUCCCAAUAAAUCUAGGAGAAAAGGGAAAAAAGAACUACAAGUUUGACUGCUUCCACCUCCAGUCCUAGCCAUGGUGUCCUGCCAGUCCUGCACCAGGAUGUGCUCCCGCUCCUCGGCCUACACUCUGGCCCUCGGCCUGGGCUUCGUAACUCUGGGGACCAGUCGCAUCCUGCUGCUCAAAUUCUCUGCAAAUUCUGAGAACAAGUACGACUUCCUCCCUGCGUCCGUCAAUCUACUUGCUGAGGCGCUCAAACUGCUCUUCUGCCUGGCUAUGUCAGUCAGGGUCAUAGUCCGAGAGGGACGAUCCCGUAGAGAGCUUGUCUGUUCCUCCAGCGCCUCCUUCCUCAACUCCCUGAAGUGGGCCAUCCCGGCUUUCCUCUACUUCCUUGACAACCUCAUCAUCUUCUACGUGAUGACCUACCUGCAGCCUGCCAUGGCGGUGUUGUUCUCCAACUUUGUCAUCCUGACCACAGCUGUACUCUUCAGGAUUGUUCUGAAGAGGCGCCUGUCCUGGGUUCAGUGGGCAGCGUUGUUUGUCCUCUUCCUGUCCAUUGUUUCCUUGACGACCGGAUCGGGGGCCAGCCAAAACUCCAUAGCUGUGCCAGGUCUCCACUCCAACCCCCACUCCACCCCCUCCAACUCCUGCCUACUCUACACUCAGCUGCUGGAGCAGAUGAGGAACAGCAGUGCCAGUGCGUCGUGGGUGUCGUCCCUGCCCGGGCAGGCCUGGAGGGACAGCGUAGUGGAGAAGCUUCGGUCUCUGGGUGUGGGUCACAUCCUGCUCCUCCUCCAGUGCUUCAUCUCGGCCAUGGCCAACAUCUACAACGAGAAGAUCCUGAAAGAAGGAGACCAGCUCACGGAGAGCAUCUUCAUCCAGAACAGUAAAUUGUAUGCCUUCGGCGUGGUGUUUAACGGUCUGACCCUCGGGCUCGGCAGCGAGGCGCGGGGCCUCACCGUGCACUGUGGCCUCCUGCAUGGACAUAAUGUCUACUCCCUGUGUCUAGUGCUGGUCACUGCUGCCCUGGGUUUAUCUGUGGCCUUCAUCUUGAAAUUCAGAGACAACAUGUUCCACGUGCUCACGGGCCAGAUCAACACGGUCCUGGUCACCGCCCUCUCCCUCUUCCUCUUCGACUUCCGCCCUUCGCUGGACUUCUUCCUCCAGGCUCCCAUAGUCCUGCUGGCCAUCUUCAUCUACAACGCCAGCCGGCCCAAGGACCUGGAAUACAGCCUGCAGCAGGAAAAACUGCGGGUCAUCAACGGGGAGGUGUUCGAGAGGUCCAGAGGGGUAGGGAGCAAACCGCUUCGCUCAACUAACCUCCAUACUUCCCUGUCUCUGCCUCUGUCAGCAAAGAGGUGAACACUGGCCUCUUUGAUGAAUCUGUCCAAAAAGAGCCUGAGAAACUGACCAACACAGAAUUCCAACAGAGGAAGGUAACGGAAAUCCGGUCGAAAAAAAGGACUAAAGUGCGACUCGAGUCAGAGUCUCCAACUCGAGUCCCCAUCUCUGCCCCAACAUAUUAUGUCUAGAAGACUUCCUGCCCCUGAUUCUGGGACACAACUAUAGAGAGCGAAUCCUUACCUUGACUCUCAUGUCAGUGUCGGUGAGAAUCAUGUAGAAGUCCUCAUGGGUCAUGCUAAACUCUUUCCUCAGUUCUGUGAUCAGGUCCUGAUUCACCAGGUCCUCCUGACGAAGACCCUUCAUAGGUUUGUCAUUUUCUGGAGAGGCAAAAGAGACGGUACCGUUAAUUCAAACUAUUUUGGCUGUGAAGGUAAAUGAACAGGGACGCUUUUUGAACGUUUCCUGCGGAGAAAAGGCUUGUGUUCAUCAGGGUGUUAAUAACUUCUGACAUCUCAGAUUUUGCUUUGAUAUUUCGCUCCCAAGCGUAAACCAUAAAACUGACAAAUGGUUUGUUCAUAGACUAGACAAUUAUCCCAUCUGACAAAUAAAAGCUCUUACAACAACUGUGACUAAAUGUCUCUGAGAAAGUGCCAUAACUGUCAGACUGUCUUACCGUGAAAUGAAGUACAAUC